GGCUGGCCCUUGAUCGACUCGCAUGCGUGUGUGCUUUUGUGCGUAAGCGUGUGUGUGUGUGCGUGUGUGUGCGACUAUGAAUGCUUGUGUGUGGAGAGCAAAUCGAGAUACAGUAGUAACCCAGAGUGAGGUGGCAGUCUUAUUCCACAUCGACUUGCCCUGCAUACAUCCUAUCUGUCUUCAUAUCGCAGAGCGCAUUUGAGGAGUGAAUGAGAAAAUAGCCAAGAUGGCAUCUGGAAGUGGAUGUGGACAAUCCUGGAUCUAGUCUCCACUGUUUUAUUUCCAUUUUUAUUUUUAUUUUUUCUAUCGCGGAGUGCAAGGUACCUCAUUUAAAGUGUUCGUGUGGAUUUAUUUCCCAGAGAAACGCGGGUUGUGGCAUUUCCCCCUCAGCUGCUAAUCUCAUGCGUUAAUAACGAAGUUGCUCUUGGCCCUGCUGGGACUCCGCUAGUGUACAACUGCAACAAAAGACGGGAGCGCGCAUUCAUGGGACGCGACUUUGACAGCUCUUCGUUUCUUGUCUUUUAACUUUAACCACCUGGCAGCGGGGGAGGGAUCGUGACUGGAGCCGGACGCAAUGGCUGAGGCUGCGCUCCCAGACGAGCUCCCGGACUUGGACGUGGUCAUCGACCCGGACUUUGAGCCCCAGAAGCGGCCCAGAUCUUGCACCUGGCCGCUGCCGCGGCCGGACUCGAACGCAGGGAAACCGGAGAGCAAUGACACAGAUAUCAUACCCGAGGAAGAGGACGACGAAGAGGACAAUGCCACCGCUACGGCCAUCGGUGUCAAUGGUUCUGGCGCGGCGACGGAGGACCAGGGUAGCAGCAGCCCCGCAGCGGAUGGAGCGCUCUCUUCCCCCGGCCACGAGAGCGGAGGCUCCCCGCACUCCACGCACUCUCCGUCGGCUACCUCUGGCGCGCUGACCCCCAGCAGUUUGGUCGCGGCGCAGACCCCGAGGAAAACAUCAUCUCGCCGAAACGCCUGGGGAAAUCUCUCCUACGCCGACCUGAUAACCAAAGCCAUCGAGAGCGCGCCAGACAAGAGAUUGACACUGUCCCAGAUUUAUGACUGGAUGGUGAGAUCCAUCCCCUACUUCAAAGACAAAGGCGACAGCAACAGCUCCGCAGGAUGGAAGAACUCCAUCCGGCACAAUCUUUCCCUCCACAGUCGCUUCAUCCGUGUCCAGAACGAGGGAACGGGAAAAAGUUCCUGGUGGAUGAUCAACCCGGAGGGAGGGAAGGGUGGAAAGGCUCCGCGGCGCCGAGCGGUCUCCAUGGACAACAGCAACAAGUACACAAAAUCCGCCCGUGGCCGCGCAGCCAAGAAGAAGGCUGCGCUGCAGGCUGCAGCUGCUGCAGCCGGUGAAGGCGGCGGGGACAGUCCUUCGGGGCUUUCCAAGUGGCCUGGGAGCCCAACGUCACGCAGCAGCGAGGAGCUGGAUGCCUGGACAGACUUCCGCUCUCGCACCAACUCCAAUGCCAGCACAGUGAGCAGUCGCCUCUCACCGAUUCUGGCCAACCCCGAGCUGGACGAGGUGCCCGACGACGAGCCUCCUCUUUCACCGAUGCUCUACUCCAGUCCUGGCAGGGCGCUGUCUCCAGGGAAUCCCACAACCAACGGGAAAGCUGCGCCGCCUGAGCUGCCCCGCCUAGCUGACCUGACAGGUACAAUGAACCUCAAUGACGGACUCACGGAUGACUUGAUGAAUGAGUUGCUGGAUAACAUCAACCUGGUGCCAACCACUUCCAGCCAGUCGGUACCAAAUGGUUCCUCAGGGUUCACUUUUGGGUCCAAACCCAAUGGGAUAUGUUCACCUUCCUCCGCUUCUUCUCCAUCCCCCAACUCUUCUUCUAACGGAGGAAGUAAUGGCUUCGGUAACUCCAUCUUCGGCCCUCACACGACGGGCUCCUCUCUGCGUCCGUCCCCCAUGCAGACCAUCCAGGAGAACAAACAAACGUCCUUCUCCAGCAUCAGCAUGUCCCGCUUUGGCAGCCAGACACUACAGGACCUGCUCAACUCUGACAGCCACAACCACAGCGAUGUCAUGAUGACCCAGUCUGACCCGCUCAUGUCGCAGGCCAGCGCGGCCGCCGUCAUUUCCCAGAACUCUCGCCGCGGCCUCAUGAUCCGUAAUGAUCCUGUAAUGACCUUCGGGACCACUGGGGGACUUCAGAGCGGCCAACGGGAGAUGAUACAAAGCAACAACCACAACCAGAGCUCCCUGAGGUCUUUAAACGGAGGCCUGAACCUGGCCAACGAGGCCAACUCUCUGGCUAAUGCUAAACAGCAGCUCCUACUGUCGCCCUUGGGAGGAAAUGGGUCCUCCUCCAUGCAGAUCGACACCUCAAUCUUCUUGAACGGAACAGUAGGCAGCAGCGGAGGGAUCUGUCAGGAUCGUUUCCCCACAGAUCUGGACCUGGACAUGUUCAAUGGCAGCCUGGAGUGUGACAUGGACUCCAUCAUCAGGAAUGACCUGAUGGACGCAGACGGCUUGGAUUUUAACUUUGACUCUCUGGCCAACAUGAAUGGAGUCGGCAACUUCACGAGCGCCAAGCAGACCUCUCAGAGCUGGGUACCUGGCUGAGAGGGUAGGAGCAAAGCAGGUCUGAACUGUGUGGUGCAAGAGAAGAUCAGACAAACAACAUCCCUUUUGCCAAACCUGCCAUCAGCACAAUGUAAAAUAGAAACCCCGUGUUUACAGACUUCCUCUCGAGAGCUUUACCUUCGCUCCCACACUGGUGAACCAUGAACAAUCCGACAGACUCUAGAGAUGCUGCACAUCAGCCCUCAAAGCCUCCUGUGAAAACAGCGACAAAAAGGAAGGCAACGGCAAACAAUCACAACAAACUCACAAACAACAAUUAUGCAAUUCUCCUUUGACACCCGGUCUGCUGAUAUCAAAGAGACACUGCUUUUAUCAGAAGGAUUUUCAGGUGGACUGAAUAUCAGGCAGUGGUGGAAGGAGUGCAUCGUGCAGUGGUUCCCGUUGAAGGCAAAAAAAACAAAACAAAAAAAAAGCUGAAAGUGUAUAAAAAAAAAAAUCAAGAAGUGAUGUGGUGUAAAGCUGAUCCAGUGGUUUCCUGGGAUGUGUUAUGUUGGAAAAAAAAUCCCUCUGUUCUUAGUGAUUUUUUAAAUGUUCCAUAUUUGUUUUGUUGCAUUUUUUUUUUUUUUGUUUUCUGUAUUAUCAUCAUUGUUUCUGGAGCGUACACGUCCGCGCAAAAGUAACCUGGAGGUGUACUGGUGACAUGAAGAGAUGGAAAUGGAGCGUCUUACUCACUGAGUGGCCAUGCAUAGAAGCAGUACAUGCAAACCACAGCACGCAGUACGGACAAACUGACACUUCGCGAGAGAGUCUGCAGAACCUCCGUAACCUUAGAAGUCGAAAUGUCUCAAUUUAACGCGAUGCACUUGCUGUUUUCUUAUUAUAAAUUGCUUGAAUUUAAAUUAACUGCAGAAUACUGAGGAUUAUAUUUCAAUUAGCUAAGUACUACGACAUAUGUUUUACUCUUGUGUAUAUCAAACUGUAGGAAGAGAAAAAAAAAAGAGAAAAUCAAAAAGAGAGCAGAAGAAAUUCUUCGUCGUGGAUUUUUGUACAGUGCGGGGCAGCGGAGGAUUUGAGAGAGAGGGGGGGAAAGAUCUUUUCUUUUCGUAUAUUCUGGUGAGGUCUGUUGAGGUCGUUUGUCACAGCAUAUGAUGUAGCCAAAAUGAAUACCUGUGUCCUAGGGUUGUGAACAUUUCCACACCAUAACAGGUGCUAUAUAAACAGUGUUGAAUCCUGUCCUGAGAGCAAACCGUGCUUUUUAUUUGGUCUGUGUUUUGUUGUUGUUGUUUUUAUUUUUUAUUUUUUAUUUACCCACAACCUGCAGAAGCCCAGAGCUGCAGCCACUUGUAGCACGGCGAGGUUGAAGACGGCAGGGGGAGCAGGGUUUUUAGGCUCAUUCCUCUAGAAGCCAUUUGUUUCUUGAGUAAAACAAUAAGCUAACUCUGUAUAUUGCCAAAUUACUUGAAACAAACAGUAGGAUAUGCUGGCAGCCAAAUCACACAUGCACACACACACACACACACACCACACACACACACACACAUAAAUUACACGUACACGCACGAAAGAAAACACGCAGAAAAAAAAAUGUAUAAAAUAAUAGCAGGGAUCUGUGUUAAGCUCUGCUGUUUUCUCGUCAUGAGCUUGUAGGGCUUGUUAUGCAUAUACGGAAUCACUCAGGGGGGAAAAGGGAGGCUUCCCGUUUAAGAAACAUCAAGUCACAUUCGAAUAGUAUUUUCACAUUUCUUGAUUUAAGAAAAAAAAAAAAAAAAAAGAAUUAAAAAAAAAAGGCGCGUUGUGUUUGUGAACUUGUAACCUGUGAACUUUUGGCCGUCGAGGUGACGAGGAGGAAGGAAGAUAAACGUCAGGAUUAUUACUUCACCGUCAGUUAUUUUUGGUUUUACUGUCUGAGCGUUUUUUUCUGUCUUUCUUCUUUCUUUUUUUUUUUGCUCUUCUCCUUGGACUCGAGACACACACAUACACACAUCAUCCCCUUCGUGGACACGCCUGGUGCUCCUGCAGGUGAUCUCCUGUACCCUUUGAGUACAUGCUAAUGUCUGUAUGUGUUUAUCUGCGGGGUUCAUUUCAGCUGAACCGAGCUCACUAGGAUGUGUGUAAUCCCUCACGGUGCAUACGAUGCAGUCGACUGUAUGCAUGUAUGUAUUUAUGCAUUAUGAGUAGUGUGAAAUGCAUAUGUACUCGCUGUAUGUCCCUAUAUAAUCAUGUAGACCCUUUGUGAUACCUCUGAAGUUGAAGAAACAUUGAACGACGCUCUGUGCCAGGUCGGAAGGGAACACUGUUACCAUCAGUCUCGUCGAUAAAAACCAGCUUCUGAAAGCGAAAUGGCGGCAAGCGCCAUUGUUGUAGCAUCCGGAGAUCCUGGUGCCCCUUCGGUCAUUUUGGGGGCAGUGACAUGAAGUGUAUUCCCCUGCUGUGUAUUAUAGUGUACAGAUUUGUGUAUAUCACAUAAAGGCCCGGGCAGAGGAGUGGGAGUGCAUGGUUGGCUAGAAUGAUCUACUGUGCUGUCUGAGGUUUAGUGCAUGAGCUAGCUGUACCCCCAAUCGGCCCUUCCAAGUGGUGCUGUCCUGCAAUGGAAAUUGCAACGAUCGACAGGAACCUUUUCCGAUUUUUUUUUAAAAAUCAGGGCUUACAGACGAAUACCUGCACCGUUCUCUUAUAUUACUAUUAUGUGUGUGCAUUAAUUAACGCAGACGCGAGGAAAACGGGGAGGGAAAUGGACGUUCCUUAGCUUCACGCUUGACUUAUUGCAUAUGGAGCAGGUUCACGUCUCGGUGCUCUCAGCGACCCGCUAACUUUGACGUGAUGAAAGUGUCAUCUGACAAUGAGCUAGGAUUUCCGGCGCGCACUUACAUCUGAAAUGUCCAGAACACUAUCUAUCAUUUCUCUUGACAGGGGGAAUCCCGAGCCACCGCCUGAGCCGCUAAAGAUCCGAAUUCACCCACACUGACUGUACUAAAAAAACACGACUUUUACUUUAUCCUGUGAACACGACUGACAAGGCGGAUUCGGGGGGAAACGCCGUAAUCCUUUCCACGCGCAAAGAGGGGUUGCGGAGACUUUUUUGUACAUUGCGCGUGACACCUUUUUUGGCUGUUCAGGGCGGACAAUUUACACCCACUAGUCCUGGUGGAGCGGGCCUCCCACCCGACCACUCGGCGCUUUCGUUCAGGCACAGUUGAUCUCCCGUCGUGCUCGACAUGCACACACUUGCAGCACAACAUAUGCUGGUUUAAAAACUAAGAAAAGCAAAAAUACAAAAAAAAAAAAACAAUAAAGACAUACCACUAGAUACCCUAAUCACCUCUUGGAUGUUUCCUUUUUAAUACUGAAUCCUUCCGUUCUUGUUAAGAAGGCCUGGCCAGCUCCCCUCCAUACAUACGCCCUCCGAACUUUUCCCGUUAUUAAUCUUGCUUCUUCUCGACUUGAUGUUAGUGGGUAUUUUUCCUGUGUAUUCCAUUUUGAAUUGUAAUCUAGUUUGUAUAAGAAAUGGUGCGCAUGUAAAUAAAGCUUGGUGAGGCUCCACA